AUCAUGUCGAUGAGUCCAAAGCACACGACUCCUUUCUCUGUGUCUGACAUCUUGAGUCCCCUGGAGGAAAGCUACAAGAAAGUGGGCAUGGAGGGGAGUAACCUCGGGGCUCCGCUAGCGGCAUACAGACAGAGUCAGGUAGCCCAACCGACUAUGCAGCAGCAUCCGAUGGGUCACAACGGGACCGUGACUGCCGCCUACCAUAUGACUGCUGCUGGGGUCCCCCAGCUCUCGCACACCGCUAUGGGGGGCUACUGCAACGGCAACCUCAGCAACAUGAGCGAGCUGCCUCCCUACCAGGAGACCAUGAGGAACAGCGCCUCGGCCACAGGCUGGUAUGGGGCCAACGCGGACCCACGCUUCCCAUCCAUCUCCCGCUUCAUGGGCCCCACAAGCGGCAUGAACAUGAGCGGCAUGGGAGGCCUGGGCCCUCUGGGGGACGUGAGCAAGAACAUAGCUCCACUGCAGAGCGCGCCGAGGCGAAAGCGCCGGGUCCUCUUCUCCCAGGCGCAGGUGUACGAACUGGAGCGGCGCUUCAAGCAGCAAAAGUACCUGUCGGCUCCUGAGAGAGAACACCUGGCCAGCAUGAUCCACCUUACACCAACGCAAGUUAAAAUCUGGUUCCAAAACCACCGCUACAAAAUGAAGCGGCAGGCCAAGGACAAGGCCGCCCAACAGCAGAUGCAGCAGGACAGCGGCUCCUGCCAACAACAGCAGCAGUCCCCGCGGAGAGUGGCAGUGCCGGUCUUGGUCAAGGAUGGCAAGCCAUGCCAGGCGGGCUCUAACGCCCCCAGUGCUGCUGGCCUCCAAGGCCACCAGCAGCAGGGGUCCGCGGCUGCGGCCAUUACUGUGUCCAGCAACGGCACCAGCCUAAGCCAGCACCCGAACCACCAGUCUAGCAGCGCUGGCCAGUCCCCGGAUCUGGCCCAGCACUCCGCCAGUCCUUCGUCCCUCCAAAGCCAAGUGUCCAGCUUGUCCCACCUGAACUCUUCGAGCUCGGACUAUGGCGCUGCCAUGUCCUGUUCUACCUUGCUUUACGGUAGGACCUGGUGA